AUUUAAUAUGAGGAGAGGCGAGAGGGGCAUCCGAUGGUUCAGAGUGAAUCAGUGAAACGAGGACCCGAAAGAUUCCGACUUUGUUCUUUAGCAUUUCGUCGAUGAAUGAUGAUACCCUCAGCUUCGGCUACUGCCCAUCUCCCAAUUUCCAACGUCAUUAUUUGAUUCUCUCUCUCUCUCUCUCUCUCUCUCUCUGUGUGCGUGUAUAUAUAUAUAACCGCAACAUUAUCAUUUUCUGUUAUCUCCUCUACGCGUGCAGAGGUGAGAACCAACGCUUCACUGUGCUCUCCAUUCUCAGCUUUUUCUGUAAGCUAUCGAUCCAAUCCUAGACAUGGCAGCGUCUGUUCCUCUCUUUCAAGUCCCUUCCUCGUCUUCCUCGUCAUCGUCUUCCCAUUUCCAACCUAAAAUUCAUUCUAAUGGACUAAGAUUCAAACCCUCCACUGGUUCUUCUCGGUGCUUGGUGAUUAGCUGCAGUUCGUCUAAUGGAAGAGAACCGAGUUCGCCGGACGACGGGGUGAAGAGCAUUGAGCGGAUUCUCGAAGAGAAGCGCCGGGCCGAGUUGUCUGCUCGUAUCGCUUCCGGCGAGUUUACUGUGGAGGGCUCUGGUUUUCCAUCACUUUUAAAGGAUGGUUUGUCUAAGAUGGGAGUUCCUAGCAGCAUGCUUGAGUUUCUAUUUAGAUGGACCAGCACACGGGAAGGUUAUCCAAAGGUUCCAGAGGCAAAAGGAGUAAUUAGUGCCAUUCGGGAUGAGGCCUUCUUUAUUCCCCUGUAUGAGCUGUAUCUCACUUAUGGUGGAAUCUUCAGGUUGACAUUUGGGCCCAAGUCAUUUUUGAUAGUUUCUGAUCCUUUGAUUGCUAAGCAUAUAUUACGGGAUAACUCAAAGGCAUAUUCAAAGGGCAUCCUUGCUGAGAUUCUGGACUUUGUGAUGGGAAAGGGGCUUAUCCCAGCUGAUGGUGAGAUAUGGCGUGUUAGACGGCGUGCCAUAGUCCCAGCAUUACAUCAGAAAUAUGUAGCAGCAAUGAUUAGCUUGUUUGGACGAGCUACGGAUAGGCUGUGUGGAAAACUUGACGCCGCUGCAUCAGAUGGAGAAGAUGUGGAGAUGGAAUCACUUUUCUCCCGUUUGACAUUGGAUAUAAUUGGAAAAGCAGUUUUUAAUUAUGAUUUUGAUUCUUUGACAAAUGAUACUGGGGUGGUUGAGGCUGUAUACACUGUCUUGCGAGAGGCAGAAGAUCGAAGUGUUGCACCAAUUCCAUUCUGGGAAAUUCCAAUAUGGAAAGACAUAUCGCCAAAGCAAAAGAAGGUUAAUGCAGCUCUAAAGCUGAUCAAUGGAACACUUGAUGACCUGAUUGCAAUAUGUAAGAGGAUGGUUGAAGAAGAGGAGUUGCAGUUUCAUGAGGAGUACAUGAAUGAACAAGAUCCUAGUAUUCUCCACUUCCUGUUGGCAUCAGGGGAUGAUGUUUCUAGCAAGCAACUUCGUGAUGAUUUGAUGACAAUGCUUAUAGCUGGACAUGAAACAUCUGCUGCAGUGCUGACAUGGACUUUCUAUCUUCUUUCCAAGGAACCUAGUGUCAUGUACAAGCUUCAAAAUGAGGUUGAUUCAAUCCUAGGAGACAGGUUUCCCACCAUUGAAGACAUGAAGAAACUUAAAUACACAACCCGAGUAAUAAACGAAUCCUUGAGGCUAUAUCCACAGCCUCCUGUAUUGAUUCGGCGUUCUCUUGAAGAUGACAUGCUUGGAAAGUACCCAAUAAAAAGAGGUGAAGAUAUAUUUAUUUCUGUUUGGAACUUGCAUCGUUCUCCGAAGCACUGGGAAGAUGCUGAUAAGUUCAAUCCUGAAAGAUGGCCUCUAGAUGGACCUAAUCCAAAUGAGACAAACCAAAAUUUUAGUUAUUUGCCUUUUGGUGGAGGACGACGAAAAUGUAUUGGAGACAUGUUUGCAUCUUUUGAGACUGUAGUGGCACUGGCAAUGCUUGUUCGGCGAUUCAAUUUCCAAAUGGCACUCGGAGCACCUCCUGUUAAAAUGACUACUGGGGCAACCAUCCACACAACAGAAGGGCUGAAGAUGACUGUUACAAGAAGGAUGAAACCGCCCAUAGUUCCUGCACUGGACAUGCUUGGUCUGAAGAUGGAUUCCAUGAGCCUUCCUCAAGCAGAUCCAGUACUUGGCCAGAAAGAUGAAGUUUCUCCUGCUCAUUCCUAGAAUUCGUCCUUCUGCCACGCUCAAACCUUAGAGCACCUCACGGGGGCCAAUGUCGAAGUUUUAGUACAAGUUACUAGCCAUAGCCAUUGGAAGAUUUGUCAACCUAGUACCCUUGUUAUGCAGUCUAUUAUGUCUACUGUAAAUCAAUAUUUGAUUCAAACCAAUCUAAGAACAAAGUCUUAUAAA